UAGUUACAGUCAUUUCUUCUGGCAAGAAGCACAGACUCUUUCUCAGACAGAAAAUGGAUUGUCAUGAUGGAGAUGACAAACCAUUCUUCAAUGAAAAUGACGAGGAUAUAGACAUUGAUGACUGGAUCAUUCCUGACGAGAAUCUUAUUCAGAGGAUGGUGAAACAGAUCGAGUACUACCUGUCGGACGAGAAUCUUGCCAAAGAUGCUUUCCUCCUGAAACAUGUCAGGAGGAACAAGAUGGGCUAUGUGAACAUCAAGCUGUUGACUUCCUUUAAAAAGAUGAAACAGCUGACUAAAGACUGGCGCUCCACUGCCUUUGCCCUGCGCCACUCCGCCAAGCUGGAGGUCAACGAGGAGGGCAACAAGGUGCGUCGCCUGGAGCCCGUGCCGGACGCGGUCCUCUCCCAGGUGCCCAGCAAAGUCCUACUGGUCUGGAACAUCUCAGAACUCUGCAAGAAGUCUCCACCAGCACCAGCAGGUGAUGAUGCUGAGCAAGACCAAACCAGCAGCAACGGGUCCCCGGUCCCUCCCUGUCCUCCUCCUCCCCAUCAUCGUAGCACCAUAGAGGCAGCCAUCAGCAUCCUGGAGCCUUUCGGGGCCCUGAGCACCGUGCGGGUGAACCGGCCCGGAAGAGAGCUACCCGCUGAGGUGCAGAGGUACAGCUACAGGUACCCGGAGCUCUCCACGGAGGAGAGCGUGCUGGUGGAGUACGAGGAGCUGGAGGGGGCGGGCAAGGCCUACCACGAGCUGACCCAGUCGGACAGCACCUCCGUCAAGGUGGUGCUGGUGGGCCGCAGCUCCAAGAAGAAGACCAAGAGCGGCCAGCAGGACGCCUCGUCCGUGGGCUCUCUGGAGGAGAGGACGUCGUCGGGUAAAGGAAUGAACAUCCUCAACCGGCGCAUGGAGCAGCUCCAGUCCCGGGCCAACGAGGACUCCUCCGCCUACAGCUCCUCCGAGUCCGAGUUCGCCUCCUCGUCCCCUCUCCACGUGCCACGCUUCUUCAGCGGACAGGUGAUCGGCGGGUACGGGAGCAGCCCGUGGGGAAGCCCCAGAUCCAGCCCCAGGGUGCUCCACGCUCCGCUGCCGGGUCCCCGGGUGUCGCCGCUCCUGUUCUCGGAGAUGUGGGGCAGUCCAGACACCAGCCCCGAGCUGAGCAGGCGACGCAGGAGCCAGGAUCAGUCCUGUGAAAACGCAGCCUCCUCCACACCUCCCAACUCGGGCAGUCCGUGGGUGCAGAGGAGGAAGCUGGCAGUCAUUCAGACCCCCAACUCAUCCUCCUCCGUCUCUGUGGAGGAUGGUGGUAAUGGUGCCAGGCAGAACCGGGGUGCUGGAGUGGCCAAGAGAGCGUUGAACGGGGACUCGAACAUUCCCCACGGUGUGCUGCGGUUCCCCCACGGUCCAGACGGCACUCGUGGGUUCCAUCUCACUGUGGCGAGGAGAAGAUUUCACCACCCACUCAAAAUAUGAACGAACAGAUUUCAUGAAUUGUAAAUGAUGUGCGUGGAUGUGAAUGUGAAUGUGAUGUCUAGAUGUGAUUUCCUGCUGCUUAUGAUCCAUACUGAUGUCAAUAUGUCUAGGUUAUUUAUAUUACUAUUUAUUUUUAUUUAUGUAUUUAUUAUAUAUAUUUAUUCCAUGCUGCUUUUAAACUUGAGGUAAAGUGUCCAAA